AUGCAUUUCCGGACAUUCUUCUUGGCCUUGGCCAGCACCGGCACAGCAUUCUGCGCAAUCUGGGAAACCCUCCCACCGACGCCCGCCCUUCCCGCUCCCAUCAGCAACGUCAAAGCCUCCAUAAACGGCGUGCAGCUCUGGUACCAAGAAUACAACAAACCCGCAUCACCGGACAGCAACAACAUCCCCAUUGUCCUCAUCCAUGGCGGCCUCGGCUACUCCGCCUACUUCGGCGCCGUCAUCUCCCGCCUCUCUCAAUCCCACCAUGUCAUCGCCGUCGACCGUCGCGGCCACGGCAGAUCCACCUACUUGCCCAACGACGUCUUCACCUUUCCCCAAUUCGCCCGAGACACCCAAAACCUCCUCCGCUCCCAGUUGAAAAUCUCCUCGUCCUAUUGGGUUGGCUGGUCCGACGGCGCAGCGACCACUCUCGCAGGCUUAUUAGACCCUUCCAUCUCUUCAGACAUUGCCAAAGCGUUCGUCUUCGCCGGCUUCCAAUCCUACAAGGAUACCAACGCGACCUUCACUUCCACACCCAUCUAUCAAGAAUUUGUCUCGCGAUGCGCGAAGGAAUACGCCACGUUACAGCCUCAAGCCAAUUUCACCGAUUUCGCCACCCGGGUCGCCACCUUGGAAGGUACGAUGCCUAAUUGGAGCGAUGCGGAUCUUGCUCGGAUUUCGGAUGGUUCCAAGGUGAUGAUUGUGGGUGCCGAGCACGAUGAAGCGGUAAAUUUGGCGGUACAUGGACAUCUGGCCAAGGUGAUUGCGGGGAGUACGUUGAAAGUGUUGACGCAGGUUUCGCAUUUUGCGCCUGUCCAAGAUCCGGGUCAGUUUGCGAGCGCGGUCGAGGAGUUUGUGAAGGCUUGA